AGUAAAAAGACUAAAAGUUCUGACCUCAGUUAUGCUGUGGCUAUUUUUAGGGCAAACUGAAACAUGACUGAUUCUGAUGAACCCCAGGCUUCCGGCUCUGAUUACUCUGAUGCCCAAGAGUUGAUCAGCCAUCAGCAGAAGGAGCCAUGUGAGGUAUAUUCAUGGCAAACGAAUACAGGAACAGAGCAUUCGGGGGCAAGGCCCAAGGUGGCUGAUCCUGGGGAGUCUUCAGAUCAUCCUAACAGCAUGUAUAAAUCAGCAACAGCUUCAGCUGACGUUUUACUGAUUAGCAGUGAUUCAGAAACUGAUGUCUCUGUUGCUCAUCCUGAGUGCUCCAUCGCACCGUCAAAGCAGAAAAGGAGAUCUCAAUCUUCAAGGCAACAAAUUGAAUCUGUUGCAGGAGUACCUGACAAUGAAAGUUCUUCAGAUUCUUCUCUGUCUCCCCAAAGUCCAGGGAAAUCCUUGGAAACUUCCAAGCAGCAGAAGUCAAAACUCAAUUUGAAGGCCAUUUUUGCCCGUCACUUCAGGGGACGGAAGUUCAAAGCAGCUGCACACCGAAAAUACAAAACUCGCGCCCUGAAGAAUAAGAAAAAGUGUGAGAGCACACAGGUGCCCACAGGGAGGCCCCCACUCACAGCCUCCCCUCAGGAACAAAAGAGGAGGCUUCUAGACAGAGGUUUUCAGUUCCCUUUUGUUGAAAAACAUUACGGGGAGAAACAUGUUCCCUUAAAGAUGGUUCUUGACUAUGAGCAAGCAGCUGCAAAGGGAUAUUUCAAGUAUAUUGAAGUUCUUAAAUAUGAAGACCAUCUUAAAAAAGCUUUAAAAACCCUUCAGGCCAGUGACGACUUAGAAAAAGAAUGUUUGGUGUUUCGGAAACACAAAUACUUAGAUGAUGAAGGCCCCAUUUCUCCUAUUCAGGAGACAGGUGAUGAUGACAGCUUGAAUUCUGAUACUCAGGAACAGUUUGAUGCCAGAGUAGUGGAGAACAGCUCUUUCAUUCUAAGCAGCACAGUUCCUAGUAAAAAAAAAUCGAAGCCAGGAAGAAAACAUGCAAAACCACCUGAAGUGAUUGAAAUAGUGGAUGAAGAAGACAAUGCUGAAGAGAGCUCAGUGCCUGUGCAAGGCUCAGCUCUGUGAGCAGCAGAUGGACAAAAGGAGGUGGCAGUGGUUGUUCUUCAGAUGCCUCUUUCAUGGGCCUGUUUGGUUUAAAACACCAGUCUGGAGUCAGUGUUGAGCUCUCCACUCAGCUGCCUAGGCACAUUUGGCUUACUUUUAUGUUGCUUUUGGAAGAUGAAAACACCUCGUUUUUUUUGCUGCACAAGAUGAGCACGCUCACAUUGCAGGAGCAGUUGUAACUUCUUGGGGAUCUCUUGAAUUCUUAUGGCUAUUUGCUGACCUUCUGAUUCACAAAUCCAUUACUUCAGUGGACAUUUGUGCAACAUGGUAGCAAAAGAGGGGCAUUCCUGUGAUGGAUGGAACACAUUGGAAAGCCUCUACUCAGAUGUCAGCCACCUGUCUUUAACUUGGUGAGCUGGUUAUACUGCUGCUCCUUUCUUACUGAGAAAGUGCAGUGUUAUCUCAGAAAACAUGAGAGCUUAUCUUCCCUGAACUUGAGAAUGCUGUGAGAAAGUUGUUGUGAUGAUUGGCAAAAUGUUCAACUGCUCUGAAGAGAGUGAGUGAGAAGAGCCUUUCUGAACAAAUCUACUCAGUACUGUUGUGUAGGUUCUGCUGAUUUGCAUGCAUAUACAUGCUGGUUUGUAACAUUAUUUGUUUUGUUUCUGGUGGCAGGUACUUAGAGAAGUGAAGUAAGAAAUGUAGGAUGCCAUUUCACAGAAGUCUCUGAAGCUGCUUCGAGGGUUAGUGUGAUGUCUGAAGUUCUGCCUGUACCUUAAUGACUGGGGGGCUCUGGUUGUCACGUGCUUGAGGAUACAGAACAAAGUGAACUGUCCUGAGGUUAAAAAAUGGAAGUAACCUAUUUGACAGGUAAGCACUCAGUUACUAGUUCAGUACUGUUUCACAGUUGGUGUAUUAACUUUGUAUGACUGUAAAUGUGGGAACCACUAAAUUGUUGUAGAACUCAGUGUAGAAAUGGUUGUGUAGUACCAUGGAUUGCUGGGUAGUGAUCACUGCAGAUCUUGGCAGUAUCUGAGCAGAUCACUCAUCUGUGAGUCAUUCUUGUAUGUGUACACAUACUUUAAAUUGCUGCCGAUUUUGCAGUCAUUUGUAGUACUGGUGUCUUAGACUGCUGUUGGUUGUGGGGAAUUCCUCAGUACUUGGAGCUUGUGCCAUACUUCAGGCUUGUUUGCAACUUGGUUAUGUAUUGGCAGGAUUGACUGGUCCUUCACUGGAAAAGAUGGGCAGCUGAGUUAUUGAGUCCCAUAAGAGCAGUGAGAGGGGUAUCUGGUCAUUACCAAGGCUGCUAGGAUGUUCCUGUUUCUGGUGAGCUGUGGACAUGACCAUAAAGCAAAUCCACCAGACUCGUGUUGUCUUGUCACAUGAUGUGGCACCAAGUCUGCUGGGAAUAGAGCUUUAACAUAGGUCAAGGACACAAUAUUCCCUUUUCUUGUUAAGAGUAAGUUCCUGCUGAGGUAUAGGGAUGUGUCUUGUAGGGAUGGAUCCUUGGGCACCUUCAACAGUUAAGCUACAGUGGAACAAAAGUUGCAGUUGGGAAUUUUGUAGAUUGGAUUCUAGAGCUCCUGCUGAUAGUGUGGUUCUUUGGAGCAGAAGCAAAAAAAGGAAGCAAAGGCUAUUCAUUCAGUUUACACUCAAGGUGCACUUUUCCCCUGUACUAACCAAACCA